AUGGACCAAAGCAGAUCCCUCAAGCCCCCAAGUGGGAUUCCCCGUCCGGUGUCCAGAAUACCUUUGCCGACGACUAGCACACGACCAAAGUCUAUUAUUAGGCCUUCUCCCUCGAGAGAACGGCUCCAGGCCGACUCUGGAGUUGACAUUCGCCGCCUACGAAGGCCAUCGACAGAGGCCCUGAAUCGCAAACCCUCGCUACCUUAUGUCGGACGUCGUGAAUCCGUCCAGGCGCUACAAAGCUUCAACGAGGACUCCGAGUCUCCAGUCGAUACCGAUAACGAGCCGUGGGGAAUUGACGAUGAUUCCAGCGAGACACAAACCUCUUCGCGUCCGUCGCUUUCGGAUCGCACAAUCGAAACGCUAUCACGAGUUCCUCCUUCACCUUCUCCACGCAGCAGGAAAAUUAGCCUUUUCUCGCCAGACUCCUUGAUGGGGCCCCCGCCUCGCCCUGCUUCUUCCAUGAAUGAACAUUCUCGAUCUCCGUCGAGGUCAUCACAGUAUAACAGCCCUGAUGAUCUAGCCCUCCCGCAGCCGUCGGGCGUCAGACGUACCUCCUCGAGACUCUCAUUGGUGUCUAACCAGGGUCAAAGUUCGAUAUCACAACAGAGCGGAAUCAAACCCGCGGCAUCGACCAAGCCAACCCCCCGGCAGAGCAGUGGAUUGGAGAAAAGAAGAUCAAUUGUUGGACUAUCCUUGAAGCGCGCAGAGACCCUACCCACAAGAUCAAUGGCUUUUAAUGAAAGUAAAGGCUUAGUUGAAAAGGCUAAGCCGCGACCAUCAAUCACCUCGACAUUUGCAAAACCAACUCCUGACGAAGCGCCUUCCCCAUCACUUUCGGUAAAGAAAGCGAGAAAACCAUCGUCCAACUUCUCUUCAAAUGUGACUUCGCCGUCAUCGACCGUAUCGAAGACGUCUUCAACAAGUUCGAGCCAGGCUCCUGCGGACCCCGUGCUAGAAGCGCGGAAGGCGUCCAAGUCUUCAAACGCAUUACGUGAAAGCAUUGCCAAGGCCAAGGCUGCCAGAAAAGCCUCGAGACAAAGUAGUGUCAAUAAAAAUGCUGUUGACCAUUGGGAUCAGCCGGAUAUCCAAGAUCCGUUCAACCAACUCCCUAAGGACUCCAACCAGUUAGUACUUCAAAAGAAGGUAGACACCGCUAGGCAAACUGGUUCUCUCAAUAUUGCCGCAAUGGGGUUGUCCACCAUACCAGACGAAGUCAUGACUAUGUAUGACUACGAUCCAAAUAGCAGCAUAGACUGGUACGAAAGUGUCGACCUUGUCAAGUUUAUUGCAGCGGACAAUGAGCUUGUCUCAUUACCGGAUGAGGCCUUUCCAGAUAUUGAUCCACAAGAAUUUGAGAUGGACGAAGAUAGUAAGGGGAACCAGUUCGGAGGGCUAGAGGUCUUGGAUCUUCAUGGAAAUGUCCUGCAGUCUCUACCUUUGGGAUUGAGGCGGCUACAACGAUUGACUUCCCUCAACCUAUCCAACAACAAGUUGAAGAUGGGAGAUAUUGCGUUGCUUGCAGAAAUUGAACGCCUUGCAGACCUCAAAUUGGCAAACAACAAUUUGGAAGGAUCGUUGUUGUCUGUCAUUGGCCAAUUUGAUAACCUUGAAACCUUGGACCUGCACGGGAAUCACAUCAAUGCUUUGCCAGAGACACUGUCCAGUUUAAAGAGUUUGAAAAACUUGAACGUUGCCGAGAACAAGUUAACGGCUUUGCCAUUUGAAUACCUGCACAACCUCCCUCUUGUCGAGUUAAAUGCCUCUCGAAACAAACUUCACGGCACCUUGAUGGGAUCAGACAUUACCGGUUUUGGAAACCUACAAGUGUUGAAUGUUGCUUAUAACUCGCUAGAAAAUCUGUCAUCAGGGGAGUCAUUUGACUUUCCUAGUCUACAGAUGUUGUUGGUCCACGCCAAUCGGCUCAAAUCUCUUCCCUCUCUAUCCGCAUGUCGAUCACUUUUAAGGAUAUCAGCAGAAGAAAACAAGAUCACAGAGUUGCCAGAUGGAUUCCUCGAUCUCGAAAACCUGAAAUAUGUGGAUCUGACAGCCAACGACUUGAGGGCAUUGGAAGAACGGGUUGGCUUGAUGGAAAACCUGACUAGUUUCCGCAUUGCGAACAAUCCUCUCCGAGAGAGAAAAUUCUUGACAAUGGAUACCGAAGACCUCAAGAAUGAUUUACGUAAUCGCUGUUCUCCGGCACUAGUGAAUGGUGGAAAAUCCAAGGGUGAAGGGCAGGAUGAAUACAGCUACGGCGAAGAUGAUGACGAAGGGUCUGUGGCAACCGAGUUUACUUUGGCGCCGGAAAGCCCAAGCCAUCUCAACCGUUGGAAAAUGAAAUCUGGAGGUGUUCUUGACCGAUCAGGUACCGAGAUGACAGAAUUGGAGGUUGGAGAGCUGAAGCCAUUGCUCUCUUCCCACGAUAUCAAAUAUCUAUAUAUUCAACGCAACAAACUGCAAAGUUUCCCCUCCCUCGCGCUCAACUUGAUUGCAACAACCCUAAUUGAGCUUGACCUAUCGAAAAAUCCGCUGAAAUCCAAUGAUAUCUUCCCAGAAGAAGGAGUGGUUCUUCCGCAACUGCAAAGUCUCACUUUGAAUGGAUGUGGCUUAACAAGUGCCGAUUCAUUGCUUGAAAAUUUCACCGCGCCUGCUCUCAAGUUUCUUGACAUAUCCAACAACCGCCUUUCCGGACCUCUUCCUUUUGUUCGAAGCCACUACCAGAACCUGACUACAUAUCUUGCAUCCGAUAACCAGAUUUCCAGUAUCGAGUUUGAACACGUGCAAGGUCUGCAAGUGUUGGAUAUCAGUAAUAACAGUAUCGACUUUCUGCCCCCCAGAAUUGGCUUGCUGCGACGUAACGAGCCGCCCUUGAGAAGGUUUGAAGUUGCUGGAAACACGUUUCGCGUUCCUCGGUGGCAGGUUGUUCAAAAGGGAACCGAAGCUGUGUUGGAAUGGUUGAAGGGGAGAAUCACAGUAGAUGAAUUGAACGAGUGGGGGGUUGCUGAUGACUCUUAG